AUGGAUAAAAUGAUAGCUGUCGGCUUGGGUGCCGCGGGCUGCGACGGCAGCGUUGGAUUGGAGCAGGAGGCGAUGGCGGUACUGUACAUGGACGAGGGUCUUGGUGUCGAUGGGGCUCCCCUGUACGAUGGCCGCGCGCUCAUUAGGUGGGACUUCGACCUCCACCUGUACAGAUCCUCAGAUUCCAAAGGGUGGAUCUCCAAGCGGUUGUCAGUGAAUGAGUUCGAGAGGGACAAGCUUAUCCCUUUACCUCGAGCAGUCGACAGGCUGUACCACGAGACGGAGAAGACCAUCACAAUUGGUGGUGAGCAUGGCACGGUCGCCUGGGUGGACCUCUGGCGUGGCAUCUUCUUUUGCGACGUGCUCAAGGAAUGCCCACUGCUCCAGGAUGUCCCACUGCCAGUGCCGGCAAGGGGUGACUGGGAUCGCCUCCUCAGACAUUGUAACCCCAGCUAUUUGCGGGACGUAACUAUCAGCCGAAACAAAGACUUGAUCAAGUAUGUAGAGUUGGAAUUCUUGUACCGAGAAGAGCUGAAUGCCACCCCUGUUUCCCACACUGACUGGGUGUGCAAUAACUCAAGGAAAUCCCAGGUCAUCCGUGAUGGCUGGAAGUCCACAACAUGGAACAUGGCAAUACCGGUUGGUUUGGGGGAGGGCUGGCACCGUGACUGUGUAAUUGACGUUAAAGACGUCAACUUGGAGGCUAGUGACCCAUGUCUUUCUGAUCUCAUGGCUAUGCUGAGCAGCAAGACCACACGAACAUGGAAGGAACUUCCAGUGGCAUGCCCCAUCCUAAGCAUGGAUGAUGAUGUCGUUUACUUGCUUUCUCAAACCAGACCCAGGUACAUGGACAAGUUGGAAGUGAUAUUUGCUAUUGAUGUGAGGAAGGCAACAUUGCGAGGAUUGGCUGAGCUUGAUGUCCAGAAGAGCACCAUUUUCUUCCCGAACUUCUGCACAAGUGAGAUCUGCAGGGGUACCUGAGCAGUAUUAAGGUAACUUCUGUAUGCUGGUAAGUUCCCUUUAUGUUUUUAUGUGCGACUAUAUGUAUGAAUGCCAUGCUUGCCAUGAGAACUAGUGAAUCACUGUGUUGGUACCAUUCUGGUUUCAGUAGGGUCUAGAGCUUAGCAAGUUAGUGCAUCUAAUUCAGGAGCUAUGGCUUGAUGACAGUGUGAUUCAAUGGAGGGUUAUUGAUAUGACUUGUUCUGUACAGUGUUGUUGAUGUUGUAUAUCAGUUGAUGAAACAAAUCCUGGCAAUCCAAUAAAAAUAAGUUUGUGUUAAGCUGAA